AAAAUGCACGUGGACCUGGCCCUGGUCAAGCAGGAAGUGGACACCGAGGACGCCAGGGUCAAGUUAGAGCCGCAGGACGAUUUGCCGGACGCGGCCAGCGAAGUCUUGAGCGCGCGCGAUACGUUGAAAUUCUUGGAAAAGGGCUCUCAGAUGAUGACUUCACCGAUCCGGAACCGUUUGGGAUCGGAGGACGAGCGUUCUCUUAUCGCUAGCCUUGAACGCGAUCAGCAGCAGUUACUUGCGGUUUCAGCGGAGGACAAAGCAACCCCAAAAGAAUGCAACAUCUGUCACUACCUGUUUGAAAGUCACCUAGAUUUCUCAGGGCACCGAGUCAACCAUGAAAUGAACCGCCAUUUCUGUCGCCUGGGAUGUGGCAUCUGGUUGGAUACUCUAGAACAGAUCCUAGAGCACGAAUAUCGCCAGCACUCACCGAUAGGAGAUGUUUUUUGUUGCAGGGUGUGCGAUUUCUUGGCUAGAGAUGCGGACAGCCUGGCCAGCCAUAUGAAAAAACAUGUAUAUGUAUAUCGUUAUGUCUGUGCAAUUUGUCGUCGGCAUUUUGAGUCUAACCAGAGCCUUAGUCUGCAUAGGAAGUAUGGACAGUUCUCCUGCGGACGGGUUCAAUACUUGCAGGGUCUAUCCUCGAAGCCAGAACUUGUGGCAGUUAAUACGCCAGUCUCUGCCGAGUCGUUGUGCGAUGUGCAGAUAAAAGAGGAGCCGCUCAACGCUGAGGAAGGAGAACAAAUGCAGUUUGAAGACGUUCCUUCGAUCAGCUUUAAAUUGGAACCACUGGAUGAUGAUAUGUCGGAUGUCGGCAUUAAGGAGGAACCUGUGGAGCACGGCGACAAUAAAGGAACUAUCUGGCCAACCAUACCUACUCCACUAAGAAACAAACUGCGCUUGCCUGCUAUAAACUCUGCCAAAGUGCAGGUGGAUUUAAAAACUGUCAACGUGAAUGGAUUGCCCAACUCAAAUGUGGCGUCCCUACUCAAGACUAGCCCCCAGGCAGUGAAUGCCAGCAACUUAAAGGUAACCACACAUCCUAACCACACUACCACAGUGCCACAGAAAAAGCCUCCGAUUGCAGCCAACAUACUAAAAGUAUUGCCCAGCAACUGUAUGGUAAUUAAAUUGCCGCCCAAUACAAAAAUCUUUAAGAUGCCGGUUCAAACUCCUGCUGCCUCAAAGGAAUCCCAAACAGCUGGUCUAAGUGACAUGGAAAAGUUGAAGAGUGUCAUUAAGAUUCCGCAGGCUAUAAGUAUAAGCAAAGUCAAUUCGGCGGAGAACCCUGCAACCAUUUCCACACCUCCAACUAUUCAAACUGUGUUGCCGGCUCAAACCCACAGCCGAUCAUCGUGCUUCCUCGUCGACGCGUUUAACAAGUCGGAAAGCCGGCCCGAAUCUAUGAAGAUAAUUACGGAAUUUCGUAACCAAAUACGCUCCAUAGAGAAGACACUCCCACUGCCGGGAACAGUGCUGCAAUCUACAAAGAUUAAUAAUGAUAUUCCAUGUCUACCUCCAUUGGUUGGUCCGGAUGCGCCCAAGCCCGUUGAACUGACUCUUAACCCACUAUGUUUCAUAGUGGCGAAGGAACUGCAGAUCCAGUAUCCACUCUACCGUUUCAUGUGGACCUGUCCGUAUUGCCAGCGAUUCUUCGAGAAGCAUUGUGCAUUUCGUAUGCACCUGACUAGCAAGCAUUUUUUGACGCAAGAACAAUUGAACAGCCUCAAAGUGAUAUUAAUGCCAUACAAAAUUCUCUCGCAGGAUUCAACAAGCUGUGAUCCUAAGGAGCCGCAUGUGCCAUUGGCAACGAAUUUGGAAUCAAAGCCGCAUGUGCCAAAAGAUUCUCCAAACCCUGACGAGACUGUUGCUUUGCCAUUUCUGCCAAACGAUGCAGCCGUUGUUGCUCCUUUAAAGGAUCAAACACCGGCACUAUCAAAUCUUUCUUCUAACAAAGAUUCAGCAACUUCAACGAAAAGUACAGAUAAAUCUGCUGGCCCAAAGAAGUUGAAGAAGAAUCAAGGUCAGUUCCAAUGCACGGAGUGCUCCAAAGUAUUUACUACAUUUGGGGCACUACGCAUCCACAAGACAAUCCACACCGGAGAGCUGCCGCACAAGUGCAACUAUUGUGACAAACGGUUUCGCACCCCUGGUCAGGUGCGCGUGCACCACCGUCGUCACACCGGAGAAAAACCCUUUAAAUGCAAGGUCUGCUCAUUGGAUUUCACCCACCGGGAAACUCUGAUUUCCCAUCUUUCGCGGCAUAUUGGAAUGAAGCGUUAUAAAUGCUAUGGAUGCGAUAAAUACUUUGUAGUGGUCAGCGGCUUACGAGCCCAUCGCCGCCUCCGGCCGGACACUUGCGGCAAGGUGAAGUUUACAGCUCGAGCUCAUGGCCCCCGGGUGCGGGUUAUCAGGGGAGAAGUGAUAUUUGAACAUCACCCAGAGCACAAUGGCUACCUACGCAGUGAGGACCCGCUGAACAUUUUGUCCCAACGUGGUCAGGCCGUAUCAAGCCCACCCGAAUAAUUAAGGGUAUAAAUUAAUCGUUAUGUUUGUAUUUUCUUUAACACUUUAUUUUACCAUUUUGAUAUGUUUCGUGUUUUUGAAAAAUGCGGUAAGAUUUAGAUAAGUACGAUCUGGAUCCAUAGGAGACAGUUAAGAAAGAUAUUGCCAUGAAUAACCAUUUUAUAAAUUUUGAUUAGGACCCAACAAAUGCCAUGUAUAUAUAAAUAUAUUUGUUUAUGAAAA